ACAGGGGGAGGCAUAUGCAACAGCAUGUUGCGUCUAUACUUCACUUUCGCAGCACUGACCUGGUGUGUGGACUCAGUUGGGGGGUUCAGUAACGGGAAGGUGGGUGUAGCCUGCGGAGACAUGACACCUCAGCACGGCCACGAGCCCAGACCAGAGCCUCCUCCAUACAUGGUCAGUGUGGACAAAUCCACAUUCAGUCCUGGUGAAAACAUCACAGUUUCUUUGCAAGUGGCUUCUUCUGACCCCACGUUCUUCAGGGGGUUCCUGAUGGAGGCACGGGAUGCUGGGAAAUUGGACUUCCCAGCAGUAGGAUUCUUCAUCCUGACGGACCCUCAUCAGUCCCAGCUUCUACAGUGUGGCCACACUCAGGGAUCUGGGCUGAGCCACAAGAGUAACACAAAAAAGACGCAGGUCCAGGCAGUGUGGGAAUCACCAGAGAAACCUCCACAAAGAGUCCAGUUUCUUGUGACAGUGGUGCAUGACUAUAAGGUUUACUGGGUGAAGAUGGCAGGUCCUGUGGUGUCACUGAGAGGAGUGACUGUUGCUCCAUCCACAAAUGCUCCUCCUCAAACCACCAGCCCCACUGCUCUGUCCACACAGUUUAGUUCAGUGGGGUGUGGCCAAAGCAAAUCUUGCCUCAGAGACCCAGUGGGCUGUCACCCAGAGUCAGAUCCCCACUGUUUCUUCUUGUCGUUUACCACUGAUGAAGCAGGACAGAGUGUAAUGUUUGAACUCAGUGGGCCUACUGAUGGUUACAUGUCCUUUGCCCUGUCCCACGACAAAUGGAUGGGGAAUGAUGACGUCUAUCUGUGCGUGAAUGAUGGAGGCAGUGUUUCCAUCAGUGCUGGAUAUGUCUCUGGACGAACUCACCCUGAGCUAGCAACAGAAGCGGCUCUGUGGGGGCGGGCCUGGAGGCUGGUCGACGGAGUCAUCCAGUGUCGUUUCCACAGAAGUAUCCACCUACAUAACAGAUUCAACCUAAACCAGAGCUACUUCCUGUUUCUGGCCCAUGGUAGAUCCCGCCAGGGUUCGAUCUACAAACACUAUCAUCAACCUCUCAUCUCCACCAUUCAGAAGGUGAUUACUGGGCUUCCGGAGGAUCUAAGUGGCUCGCGCUCGCCCCUGCUCAUCAAGUACCAUGGUGUGUUCAUGCUGACUGCCUGGAUGUGGAUAGUGAGCACAGCCGUCCUCAUUGCUCGCCACUACAAAGACUUUUGGCCUGACACCACAGUGCUGGGACAAAGGCUCUGGUUUCAGCUCCAUCGAACCAUGAUGGUCUUGGCUGUUGUCCUAACUAGUGCAGCCUUCACUCUGCCUUUCAUAUACAGGAGGGGGUGGAGUAAGGCUGCAGGCUCUCACCCUUACAUAGGCUGCACCGUCAUGGCUCUGUCUAUCAUCCAGCCAAUUAUGGCAAUUCUCAGACCAGUACCAGAUUCCCCACGGAGGAUCAUCUUCAGAUGGCUACACUUUGGAGCAGGCACUGCUGCCCAGAUACUUGCCACAGUGUGUGUAUUCCUGGGUGCUGCACAGCAGGCGCUGCUAUUACCCAGUCCCUGGUCUCCUGCAGUGCUGACUGGAUGGUUGCUGUGGAUCAUGCUGGUAGACCUGCUGCUACUAAUCCACCAGUCCAGACUCAGAGGCAAAAGCAGCAGCGAUGACAAAGAGAAUAUUUUGUUUGCUCAGCUUGACAGACUGCAGCAUGGAGAGGUUUCCAAAGUCAAGAAGAUGGUGUUAGUUGUGUUCCUGAUUGGAAAUACUGGUUUCCUGGCUGCAUUUAUUAAAGCUAUUGCAAGCUUAUAAUUGGAUAAAUGAUCCCUAUACAGGUAUGAACUGUUGUGUAAUUGAGUGUUAUUAAGUCGUGGUUUUAUUGAUGUCAUUGAUAUUUGUUGAUAGAUUCUCACA